UCAGAACCGCGCCCCAGCUUGGGGAUGGAUCAGUGGCAGCCCUGAAACCCCCUUCCCUGCCCGGGCACAGCCUGGUCCCUGCCCGUCCCCUCCCCCGCGCGGCACAGUGACCUAUUUGGCGGGCACAGCACCACCAUGUCGGAUCCCGAUGACGUCCGCCCCGUCCCACACAGGAGCAAAGUGUGCCGCCGUCUCUUCGGCCCCGUGGACAGUGAGCAGUUGAGCCGCGAUUGCGAUGCGCUCAUGGCCGGCUGCCUCCAGGAGGCCCGAGAACGGUGGAACUUCGACUUUGUCACUGAGACGCCGCUGGAGGGCAACUAUGUCUGGGAGCGCGUUGUGGGCCUGGGGCUGCCCAAGCUCUACCUGAGCCCAGGGUCCCGUGGCCGUGACGACCUGGGAGGGGACAAGCGGCCCGGUACCUCCUCGGCCUUGCUGCAGGGGUCGGCCCCCGACGACCACGUGGCCCUGUCGCUGUCCUGCACUCUGGUGUCCCACGCCCCUGAGCGGCCUGAGGACUCCCCCGGUGGGCUCGGAACCUCUCAGGGUCGGAAACGGAGACAGACGAGCCUGACAGAUUUCUAUCACUCUAAGCGCCGGCUGGUCUUUUGCAAGAGGAAGCCCUAAUGUGCCCACGGGAGGCCUCACCCUCUUCUGCAGUGGGCCAGGAGGCCCUCCCCACCCCUUCUGCCUUAUCCCUUACUUCACUCUGUGUGUCUUAAUUAUUAUUUUGUGUUUUAAUUUAAGCGCGUCCUGUAUAUACUCUGCCUGUGCUCCCCCAGUCUCCAACCUUAGACUUAUUUAAAAGAACUAAACUAGUAGGAUGGUAGGACCCUCAUUGCUGGGGAUUUUUAUUACGUAGACUAUUAUUUAAGCCCUUUCUCGACCCAAACUCUGUGUUCCCUAGCCUGGAGGGAAGGUCGGACUGGCUUCGUGCCAACUACACCCUCCUCCACGCCCCCCACAUCCCCUGUCUGGGCGAGACUCUCCCUCAAUGGCCUGGUUCCCUGCCUCCUGUCUCAUGGGGUGAUCCUUAGACCCGAAUAGCACUUUGAAGGGGGGACCGACCCAGUGGAAUGUUGGGGUCUCCUUGUCACCUCUAAGGCGACAAGCGGUCACAGCCUAGAACAGGGAUGAGGCUUAGCCCGGUUAGGACACAGCUGUAGUGUCCUGACCCUUGACACCCACUCAGACCUGUGAAGACAGGGAAUGCCCCACACUCUGGGUUCCCUUUGCCACCCCUGGGGAGCCUGCCUCCUCUGUGGGUCUCUCUGCUAGCUGCCCCUCUAUUUUUGAGGGUUUACCUGGCACUCUGCUGCUCUCCCCUCUCCAGAUCCUUCCCCGACCCCCAGUACCCCCAGGUCAGCAGGAGGCAUCUCUGGUCACCUGGAGGGUACACUAAAUAGGGUUCCCUGGUUCUACCUAAGGUAGCACCAGUGGCAACCAUCCUCCUCGUGGUUCUAGGGUGUGUCCCUGGGGGGUGAGACAGGCCUCCCAGAGCAGUGAGCACCCCAGUGGUCCCAGUGUGUGGUGAGGGUGCCAGCCGCUGAAGUCACCGAUGACCUCUCUCGUAGUACUUUGAGCAGCUGAUAUACAAGGAGCCAAGCCAAGAUGGUGCCUGGAGGGCUAUUCAAACUAACCGGAGAUUGAGAGCGGCGGCUGACCCUUACCUAGGACCGAAUCUCUGUGGGUGUAGAAGCACUUACUAAGACUGACCCCAAGCACCCCUGUUUCUGUAACGUCCUGUUCUAGACUGUCUGCCCCACAUGUGUUUUGGCCUCCUCCCCGUUUCUUCUCAGACUGUAAACCUCCGAAGAGCAGGGACCACGUCCGGCCCUGUUCUCAGCCCCGCCCCACACCCCAAAGCAGGUGCUCAAUAAAUAUUUCUUGAUGACUUA